GAUGUUUUCAUUACGGCGGAGUUGUGAGGAAGGCACAUGGUUUACACUAAGGUUAACGUUAAAAUGAUCAGGUGAAUUAAGUUAACAGACACAUCUCUCCGAACCCUUCCAAGUCGAGUCUGCUCGUUCAGCUCGGUCUGAAGUAACUGAGCACCGGUGAGUCGAGAUGAAGCCGCCCCCUCGUACACGAACUAAACCGAAUCGCAUCCUGAAACAUGAGUCGGUACCGCGGCGAUCACGUAAACCGGCUUUUAAGUGGCAGCGAGUGGAACAGAGGAAGCUACUUAAUGCUCUGAGAAGACUCGGCAGGACCGGAGGCACCCAGGACAUUGACUAUGCUUCCCUGAGGAAAUAUGUGUUUACUCGGUCCAUUUCAGAGGUCCAGUCUUUGGUGGAAUCUCUGAAGAACAAAGUGAUCUCAUGUGCGAGCUUCGCACUGAGGCAGAAGAGAUGUGAGGAGGAGAAGGUCAGAAAGCCCAUCGAGGUGUGGACACACAUUGCUUCUACUGUGGCUGGAGCCCAUGAAGAAGCCAUUUGCACCGCCUUCUCCCAGGUACUGCAAUCCAGAUACUGA